UUAAUAUAAAUUUGGAUGGUUCAAAUCCACGACCUCUUAUGUCAUCAUCUAAUUAGGUCUAAGAAUGAAGAAUUGGAUCCCGAUUGAUCUCAUUAUCGAGAUACUCUCUAGAUUGCCAGCAAAAUCAGUAGCUAGGUGUCGUUGCGUGUCAAAGCAAUGGAGAUCCAUCAUUCGCCGUCAAGAUUUCACCGAAUUGUUUCUAACAAGAUCCAAAGCUCGUCCACGUCUCUUAAUUAGUGUCCAACAAGACGGUGAGUGGAGCUUUCUCUCGCUGCCUCAGCCUCAGAAUCGUUACGAGAAUUCGUCUCUUGUAGUAGCUGCUGCCGAUUUUCAUACCAAGUUUUCUGCAGGCAUAAGCCUACACCAUUGUAGCUAUGUCUCUGGUUUGAUCUAUUUUCAUAAUAUGCGCAUCCCAAAGGAAGAUGAAGAUGAACAGCGUGUGUUGUAUGACCCUCUCACUGGACAGUAUGUGAUCUUACCUCAACUUAGAGGUGAAUCGGAUAGCUAUUUAGGGUUUGAUCCGAUUGAUAAGGAAUUCAAGGUAUUGGUCAUGAAUACUAGUUAUUAUACAGCUUAUAAUGAUGUAGAUCAUCAUAUUUUGACUGUGGGAACUGGGAAACUGAGGUGGAGGAAGAUCCAAUGUCCUUUUACUCAUGAGCCUUUUUGGGAAAGGAUAUGCAUUAAUGGGAUUUUGUAUUACUUAGCUCUAGAUUCUGAUGGAAGGUAUUUUAUGGUAGUUUGCUUUGAUGUUCGAUCUGAGAAAUUCAAGCUCGUUGAUAUAGAAUGCCGUUUUGAUCAACUCGUAAACUAUAAGGGGAAAUUAUGUGGGAUUGAUUUGAAGAAUGCUUAUUAUGGUGGAUUUCCCCUUGAGUUACGUAUGUGGGUUCUAGAAGAUGUCCAGAAACGGGAAUGGUCGAAAUAUGUCUACACUUUGAGGGAUGAUAAUAAAGUCGUUAAGGUUAACUAUAAUCUUUCUGUUUCUGGGAUGACUGCUACCGGUGACAUUGUUUUGUUGUUGAAUAAUGCAUCUAAUCCGUAUUAUGUUUCCUACUUCAAUCCGGAAAGGAACACUCUCCAAAUCCAAAGUGUUGAAAUCCAAGGUCUUCGAGCUAAUUGUGAUCGCAUGGCUUAUUACUACGCCUUUGUAGACUAUGUAGAGGAUCUUAGUGUUAACGAUGCGAUGCAACUCAAGUCAAGCCCUUUACAACAAUGCCAAAAUAUCGUUACUGAGAAACCACGACAACGCUGCUAUACGUCUCGUGACCUCUCCAAUUCUGCUCCGUCUGUGAUGAACGAUGUAGAGGAUCUUAGUGUUAAUGAUGCAGUGCUUCAACUCAAGUCAAACCCUUUACAACAAUGCCAAAAUAUCGUUACCAAGAGGCCAAAACCACGACAUCGCCGACAUACAUCACGUGACCUCUCCAAGUCUUCUCCGUUUGUGAAGAACAAGCAACAGAACAAGUACGAAUUCUUAGCAAACAUGCUCUAUCACUCUGUUCGCUUAGCUAUUUUAUUUUUUGCUUUAUUUUGUUUGUUUUUCGGUUUUUUUAGCUAUAUCAUUCGGUUGGCUUAGAUACUGUUUAUGCUUCACAUCCAUUAACAAAGAUACUGUCAUCACAUUUCCCCGUGACAGAGUUUAUGAAUUGUUGUUUCAAAGCAAUAAUAGCUUUUAAGAGACAAGCUAGCUACGACUUUCCUUGGUACAUACUUGGGUCUAGAUCGGUUGAUUGGAACAUGCUCCUUUAGAAGUUUACUCAGGGAAUCAAGAGAACCCUGGAUAAACGUUAUUGGACUAUUUAGAGUAGAACCAAAGCAAAGAAAUUGAAUGACCGAGAACAUCACAAAGUGACAAGAAUGACAAAAACAGUGACAAGAAUGACAAAAAUAUUGACAAGAAUGAUUUGAGGAUGUGAAGGAGUUGGCUUCAACUUCAAUGUCAGCUUGUAAUUCAACUCCCGAAAUAUCCAUAGAAUUGUUUGUUUCAUCUUUUUUUUCCUAAAAAAUAACACAAAGUUAAACUGAUGAGCUCUCAACAUAACAACAGCCUAUAUUCAACAUGAGCUUCUUUCUGGUAUCUGUUUAU